AUAGGUUACUUUAGAGGACCUGCAUUUCUUUGUGGGUUAACAACUAAUCAGUUAACUAAGACAGAAUGCCAUCCUAUACAGUCACGGUGGCCACGGGCAGCCAGUGGUUUGCUGGCACAGAUGAUUAUAUUUACCUUACACUUGUGGGUUCCAAAGGGUGCAGUGAGAGGCAUCUUCUAGAUAAAGCCUUCUACAAUGAUUUUGAAAGAGGAGCGAUUGAUUCCUAUGAUGUAACAGAAUCAGAAGACAUCGGAGACAUUCAGAUUUUAAAAAUUGAGAAACAUAAAUACUGGUACAAAGAUGACUGGUACUGCAGACAUUUAACCGUCAAAACACCAUCAGGAGAUUAUCUUGAGUUCCCAUGCUACAGGUGGAUCACUAACGAUAAAGAGAUAGUUCUUCGGGAAGGAACAGCAAAAUUGUCUCGAGAUGAUGUUACUCAAGUCCUUAAGCAACACAGACGUAAAGAACUGCAAGAGAGGCAAAAACUAUACAGAUGGAAAGAGUGGUACCCGGGUUUCCCCCUGAGCAUUGAUGCACAUUCUCACAGUGACUUGCCACAUGACAUACAGUUUGACAGUGAAAAGGGAGUUGAUUUUGUCUUAAAUUACACCAAAGCGAUGGAAAACCUCUUUGUUAACAGCUUCAUGCACAUGUUCCAGUCGUCAUGGAACGACUUCGCUGACUUUGAGAAGAUCUUCGUAAGAAUCAGCAAUACAAUUUCAGAAUAUGUGAUGCAGCAUUGGCAGGAAGAUUUUAUGUUUGGAUACCAAUUUCUGAACGGCUGCAACCCAGUCAUGAUUAAAAAAUGCAAACAAAUCCCUGCCAAUUUCCCUGUCACCAAUGAAAUGGUGGAAUGCAGCCUGGAACGGAAUCUGACUUUAGAGCAAGAAAUUGAGAAGGGAAAUAUUUUUAUUGUUAAUUAUGAACUUUUGGAUGGUAUCUCUGCCAACAAAACUGACCCCUGCACAAUGCAAUACAUUGCUGCUCCCAUCUGUUUGUUAUACAAGAACCUGGAAAACAAGAUUGUCCCCAUUGCGAUACAGCUAAAUCAAGAGCCUGGGCCAGAAAACCCAAUAUUUCUGCCAUCAGACACACAUUAUGACUGGUUAUUAGCUAAAAUAUGGGUGCGUUCAUCUGACUUCCAUGUGCACCAAACUGUAAGCCACCUCUUGAGGUCUCAUCUUCUUUCAGAGGUUUUUGCAAUUGCAAUGUAUCGGCAGUUGCCUGCAGUUCAUCCCAUUUUUAAGCUCCUAAUAGCUCAUGUGCGAUUCACCAUUGCCAUUAAUACAAAAGCUCGGGAACAACUCAUCUGUGAAUGUGGUCUGUUUGAUAAGGCAAAUGCCACUGGAGGUGGUGGGCAUGUGGAGUUGCUGCUACGUGCAAUGAAGUAUUUUACAUAUGAAUCCCUUUGCUUGCCUGAAGCAAUCCAAAAGAGGGGAAUGGAGAGUAAAGAAGAUAUUCCAUAUUAUUACUAUAGAGAUGAUGCCUUGAAAGUUUGGGAAGCAACACUAAACUUUGUGAAAGAUGUGGUAAACAUUUACUAUGCAAGUGAUGAGACUGUAUGUGAGGAUGAAGAACUUCAAGCUUUUGUGAAGGAUGUUUUUGUGUAUGGACUUCGAGACAAUACAGACUCAGGCUUUCCCAAAGCUAUUAAGACCAAAGACAAAUUAACUGAAUAUCUGACAUUAGUGAUAUUCACUGCUUCCGGACAGCACGCAGCUGUGAAUUUUGGGCAGUAUGACUGGUGUUCAUGGAUUCCAAAUUCCCCUCCCACUAUGCGUCAGCCUCCACCCAAGGAGAAGGGUGUUGUCACAAUUGAGUUUAUUAUUGAAAGUCUGCCAGACAGAGGGCGCUCUUGCUGGCACCUUGGUGCAGUGUGGGCAUUAAGCCAGUUUCAGGAUAAUGAAUUAUUUCUAGGCUACUACCCAGAUGAACAUUUUGUUGAGAAAUCAGUUAAGGAAGCGAUGGUGAAAUUCAGAAAGAACCUUGAGGAAAUCGCCAGUUUCAUCCAAGACCGAAACAAGAACAAGAAGUUGCCUUAUUAUUAUCUGUCGCCAGACAGGAUCCCAAAUAGCGUUGCUGUCUAACAAAGUAAAGAUGUAUAAUUGUCUGUGAACCAUAUAUUAAGUGUAUGUCAGGGAAAUAUAUGAGUGUAAAACCAGAUGUCCAGUGAUAAUACUGAUAUUUUUAUUUGUUAAGUAUAAGCCUGUAUAACAUUUACUUUCAUUAUUUUCUAAUGCAGUGUUGCUGUCUGUACAUUUAGUCAUAUGCGUUUGCAGCAGGAUAUAAAAUUGCAUCCAGUCACCAUUCUGUGUGUAAGAGAUCAUGGGCAUCGCCUAGUCCUAGAGGGUCUCCAACUGCAGUCAGUCAGGUGGGAGAGUGGGAUUCAUGGGAAUUUACCUACCCCCUCUGCCUUCAGGUGCCCCUACAGCCACAAAGACUCAUCUACCUACAGUCAUGCUACUGAUUUUCAGUAUUACUUGUUCUAUAUAGGAACAACACACAAUCGUUGUGUUAUAGAGUUCAGUGCUAAGUAAAUAUCCAAGGCUCUACCCAGAUUUAUGGUUUUGAAGAGUAACUUUAUACAAUACAAAAUGACAUAAUAAUCCAUAAUAAAUCCAUAAUGUAAGUAAUGUAAAUUGCCUUGCCUUAGGCAUUUUCAUGCACAAUUAUAACAAAAACCAUCAUUUUUUACGGCCACUCUAUGGGUGCUGUUAAAAGAGAUGUUAAGUUAAGAAACAUAAUCCUUGUGUGCUAUUUAGACCAAAUGAAAUACAUUUGCAACAUAAACCCAUUAAUUCACUACCGUUUUUAACAUUUAAAGCCCUUGUAUUUUGCAUCUUAUCCUGUUCCCCUAUAAUAAGCUCUGAUCACAACUCCUUCAGGGUCAGUGGCCGUCCUGAUGUGAAAAAAAGCAGGGGACUGCUCUGUACCAGACUUGAAAAAAUACAAAAGCAGGGACUGCCCUAUACCACUCCUUAUUCAGUUGCAGCCAUGGAGGAAUACAAAGGUCCAGUUAGCUGUGUUUAAUCCUGUUUUAACUGCUUUGCCAUCUGAUUUUUUAGAACAAGAUUUGUUAUAGUUUUAUCCUAUCUAAGGGCUAUAUAUAUAAACACUGAGUUACAAUUUUAAAUUUACAUCCCCUUUAACAUUAGAGGCUGUAACCUAUGAAAAAGCCUUGGGUAGCAAAGGAAAGCCAUUAAGCAAUAUUCUCUUUGCACAACAAUUUCAAAACUUGUAAUUAACUGACAAUUUGUGGGAACUGAAUAAAAACAGUCCAAGUUGUAGACUAAUAACUAGAGUCUGGGUAUGUCUUUCCAGGGGCCUAGCCUUUAACUCCCACCCUUGGCUUACUGAAGUAAAGGUGGCACAACCCAAUUCAGAUUGGCUUCUCAAUUUGCAAUACAAUUCUACCAUGUCAAUUUUCCCGCUUAUACAUUAGCACAGGUUUAGUAACAAAGUGUCAGCAAAUACCUGAGACUUAUGGAAUGUGGGCACAAGAUUGGGGAACCCCUAUUAAAAGGACACUGUUAUUUGUUGGCUAAAGUGGAUGUUUAAUCAAUCUGUUUCACAAAUAAAUAGUGUUUUUUUCCUGUGUCCAAAUAUUUAGGGACACUGAGGCUAAACUGAACCAGUGCAAUUACUCAGUCUGUCCAAACAAAUGUCUGAUAAAACUGAAUAUUUAUUGCAUUCCAUUGGUAACUGCCUAGAAAGAAGGAAUUCUGGAAAGGAAACCAAGUACAACUCCUUUCAUUCCAUUUUAAUGGAAUAGCCUAUUUACACCCUACUGAAGUUCACCCACUGAAUUCCAAAACACAGCCAGGGCAGUUGCUGAUCAACCCCCAAAUACAUACUGGUUUUUUUUUUCUUAUUGACUCACUGGUUUUUCUGAUCAAAAUAUGCAGAGCCGGGGAAGAGCAGCAUUUAGUAAACAUACAUUCCCCUUGUUUGUAUGCAAAGCAUAAAGAAUUCUAGAAUGAAUGUCUAAUACUGCUCCAAAAUGUUCUAUUUUCACGGAAUUCACUGAUCCUAAAAUGCAGGAGUGAAUGGUGAAGUGCAAAUUUGAGGCCUCAUUCAGUAAACAUUGCACAUGUUCCAUGUAUAGGACAUGAGAUAUUGUUUUGCUUUCUUUUGUUUUUACAUGAUAAAGGCCAAUGUAGAGAUAUGAAACACAUAUAUUGGAAUGUUAUCCAUUUUAUUUUGGCUUUCAAUAAAUGUUACUGCAGAUUAUUUAUUACAAAUGCAACAAUGUAAGGUGAAGCCAUUUUUAUACAUGUUAACACUGUAUGUGAAGUAAAAAAUACAAAAUGAGUUUUUGGGUAUGAACAUAUUUUCUUUAUGAAUUAUAUAAAUAUUGAAAACAUGUAAA